CAGGUACGGGAGUUAUGGAACAGAUAGAACAGUUGAAGUCCAACAGUUGGGUGACAGACUUCAAGUUAUUCGCCGGGACAACCACCGCUCAUGGAGUUAACCAGAUAUUUGAGGGGAGAAACAAAUUCGUGAGGCUAUUGUUCCUCCUAGCAUGGGCUGCCUGUGUCAUAUACAGCACCUACAUAAUAACAUCAUCAGUUAUUAUCUUCUUCGACAAACCAACUGGUACUAAGUAUGAAGUGGUGCUAAACGAGGGAGAUAAUGGUACCAAGCCACAGUCUAUCAAGUUUCCAACCAUAUCCAUCUGCAGUCACAACAAGGUCAAGAAAAGUUUUCUGCACCAAGAAGGAAACGAGCCUUUACACGAUUAUUGGGAAACAGUUGAUCAGUAUGACGUGGAAAAGGCUGCAAACAUUAAUUGGACCGACCCAAAUAUGGUCAAAAUACAGGACAUGACUUACCAGGAUCUGAUAGCAGCAGGGGGUCCUGACGACAACAGGUUUUUGAUGUGUCAGCAACGUGCUGCUUUGUGCCAGAAAUGGGUACACUACGUUCAGGAGGACUACUUCACUAGAGAUGUCACCAGUACAGGUAAGUGUUGGAGGAUAAACCCUGCUGGGCUGAUAAAGGGCAAAGGUGGAGAUUACGGGAAAAUGACAAUAAUGAUGUUUGCAGACACCAAAGAUUACAGCUUGCGAGCAACAGAUCAGGCGCAGCACGGUUUUAUUGUUUCAUUCCAUGAUAACACCACGUAUGGAGUCACAAAAAGCUCUGGGUACUACAUGAGCCCCGGUUCAAUAUACAAGGUUGAUCUCCGACUGAAGAAGGAGAUGAGAGAACCACCACCCGGCGGGAAAUGUAACGCUUCCCUUGUAAAUACAACUUAUGGGGCAUACGAUGAAGGGAGUUGCGUCUUGGAAUGUAAAGACAGGUUUGUAAACGAUACGUGCGGGUGUGUGAAUAUUGAACCUCCACUCAACAACCUGGGCUACCAAUCCUGCACUUUGAAACAGUGGGCACAGUGUGGCCUGGAGGCCUACUUGAACUUCAACACGGCGUAUAUGAACCCAGACCUUGAAGAAGAACUAUGUACUUGUCAGAGUGCUUGUUUGGAAACACACUACGAGGCUCAGAUGUCAAGCUCUUCAGUCUCUAAAGGUUAUACCAAGAGCUUACACAAAAGUCCAGAUAUAAAAGGAAUGUUGGCAGCAUUCUCACAUCCAGAGCUCAAUUUUACAUACAAGAGCGAAGAAGAUAUUCGGGACAAUAUGGUGAUCAUAGAAGUCCUUUUCACUAGUAUGAGCACCUCUGAAAUAAGAGAGGUAGUAACGUACACCUCCGCAAACCUACUCGGAGACAUCGGUGGAGUUCUCGGUCUCUUCAUGGGUGCCAGUGUUUUUACUCUCAUAGAAUUCGUGCAGCUGCUGUUCUUUGCUAUCCAGAAAAACUGCAUUAGUAAGUGGUGUGGAAGUGGUAAAGAUGAGAAAGAAAAGGAUCGAAAUGAGAACACACCAACUUUUAAGGUGGAAGGAGGCAAUGGAAUUGGGAUUUGAACUCUGAACUAGAAUAACCUUCAUACUAUUUGUACGUAGUAUGAACGGUAUACAAAAUGAAGUCAUAUUUCCUUUGCUGCGAUGAGUUUUAAUUUUAGCGACUAGCUGAGCUCCUCUUUAAGCAACGUGAACGUUCAGACUUUCAAAUUUUUACCUAUCUUAAAUACAAUCAUUUUCCAUUCGCAUUUAAAUAAACAAUUUGACUGAACCAGAUCUUUCAAGUUAUUUAAUUUUACAUUUUACCCGUGAACAUUUUACCCGUGAACCUUACUUAAUUAAAGAAGACUGCUGUGCAUUCAAUUUAAUCGACUGUACAUAACAUUAUAAUCUUGUGGUUUUCAUU